AAGGAUCUGUACAAGGAGGCCAUGAUGGAGGAGCACCAGCCUCUUAUAUCACAAGAAAAUCCCAGUAAGAAAUGUGAAAAUGUCAUGUUGCCACUAGAUGAAGAUAUCCUGCAGCGCUCUUCAGGAGAAAACCUCAUUACCCUUAAUGUACAUCCAGGACUUCACAGUACAGAUCUGUCAUAUAAUCCUCCUAAUUAUGAGGAACCUUCUCCUGACCAAUCACAGAUUGUUACCGCAAGUACAAGUCAGAAAAGGAAUAAAAGGUUUCAUUGUGGUAAAGAAUCCACAAACCGCUCAGGACUUUCUACACACCGAAGACGUAACAGAGGAGAGAAAAUGUGUUCAUGUUCAGAAUGUGGGAAAUGUUUCACACGGAAAUCACAUCUUGUUAUACAUGAGAGAUAUCACACAGGAGAGAAACUAUUUUCAUGUUCAGAAUGUGGGAAAUUUUUCACACGGAAAUCCCAUCUUGUUAUGCAUGAGAGAAUUCACACAGGAGAGAAACCAUAUUUAUGUUCAGAAUGUGGGAAAUGUUUUACACAUAAAUGCAAUCUUGUUACACAUAAGAGAUGUCACACUGGGGAGAAGCCAUAUUCAUGUUCAGAAUGUGGGAAAUGUUUUACACAGAAAUCCAGUCUUGUUAAACAUAAGAAGAAUCACACAGGAGAGAAGCUGCAUUCAGAAUGAGAAAAAUUAUUUUGCUUCUAAAGCCAUAAUUAGGGGUCAUUAGUGAAGUCACACAAGAGAGAAGCCAUAUGGCCACAAUAUAAAAAAAUAUAUAUCACUGGGUCAUAGACAUUGUUUUAAUUUCAGGUUGUAUAUUUGGAUAUAAAAGCUUAA